CUCUAUAUACCUUGUAGGCGGAAAGCUGCUCAAACCAUUGCUUGGCUGAAGUGUAACCUAUUUCUCGGUGUCAACUCAGCGCAUCCUUGCGAACGGCACCUUACCGCUGCACCAAUGGGACGCGAGUGCGCGAGCAGAAGUUGUUUAAGCGAAUAGCCCUGUUGCUCUUUGGUGCCUCUGGGCAGCGUCAGUUGAGCAGUAGUUACCACAUCCUCUCACCGGACAUCGGCUUAACCCAACCCCGAUGUCGCUUGAGGAGGCCCUCAGCCAUGUGGGCACCGGGCCCUUCCAAUGGAUGGUCCUGGGAGUGUGCGGUCUAGCCAACGCAGCAGAUGCUGUGGAAAUCCUGUCUGUCAGCCUACUUGGCGCGGCUGCGGAGCAAGAGUUCAACCUCACCCCACGUCGCACGGGCGCGCUGAACGCCUGCAUCUUCGUAGGCAUGUUCCUGGGCGGCCUCAUCUGGGGGCAGCUGGGCGACGCCAUCGGCCGCCGCCGCGCGCUACUAGCCGCCUGCGCCCUGAAUGCGGGUUUCGGAGCGCUGUCCGCCGCCGCCCGCAGCCUGCCGGCGCUGCUGGUGCUGCGACUGGGUGCGGGGCUGGGGGUGGGCGGCUCCAUGCCGGUGGUGUUUGCGAUCAUGAGCGAGUUCUGCUCGCCCAGCAGCCGCGGCAAGUUCAUGGCCAUGCUUGCAUCCACUUGGAUGUUGGGCUCCCUCUACUCCGCCUCGGCCGGCUGGCUCCUCAUACCCCUCGCCGGGCUCGGCUGGCGAGUGUUCGUACUCGCAGCCUGCCUGCCCGCAGCAGCCGCAGCCGCGCUCACGGCCGUCCUGCUGCCGGAGAGCCCGCGCUACCUGUCGGUCAUGGGUCGCGGUCGGGAGGCGGCGGCGGUGCUGCAACUCGCCGCGAAGAUGAACGGUCGGCGCCUGCCGCCGCAUGCGUUGCCGCCUUCCUUCCACCACCACGAUCAGGACAUUCUAACAGCUGCUGCUGCGGCGGCUGUUGUGGAUACGGCAGUAGCUUCUGAUGCUGUUGCUGUCGCUGUCGGCUCGACAGCUGCUAUAGCAGCAAACACUGUGGGCAGCACCGCUGGACCUGGACCUCAUAGCCUAUCAGAGGCAGUAGCAGUAGCAGUAGCAGCAACCACAGCUUCUCCACCGAUUAAGUACCCGCCUCCCGUUCUUCCUCCUCCUCACCCUCUCCAGCAACCGCACAAUCACCAACACCAACCAAAGCCACCAGCGAUACCGCCAUCCGCCCCUCUCUGGCGCUUCGCCACCUCCCUCCGCGCCGCCGGCUGCCGCAGCGGCCGUGUGCUGCGGGUGCUGCUGCGGCCGCCGCUGCUGCGAUACACGCUGCCACUAGCUGCUGGGUGGGUGGGGCUGUGCGGCGGCUGGUACUGCACGGUGCUGUGGGUUCCGCGCUACUUCGAGCAGCGGGGAGCGCGGGGGCAGGACGUGUAUGCGGAGACCUUUGCCGUGGCGCUUGCGAACCUGCCAGGCAACCUGGCCAGCAUAUGGCUGGUUGACCGGCUGGGUCGCCGCCUCACCGCAUGCGUGUGCAUGGCGGGGGCGUGUGUGGCGGCGCUCAUGUUUGCCGCCGCACCCGCACACGGCGGUUGGCCGUUAGCGGCGGCAUGCGUCUUCAACGGUAUUUCAGUUGGCGGUUGGAACAGCUUGGAUAUGAUUUCAGCAGAGCUGUAUCCCACAUCGCUCCGCUCCUCCGGCUUCGGCCUGCUGAACGCCCUGGGCCGGCUGUCCUCCUUCGCCACCACCUACGCUGCGGGCGCGCUGAUGGAGGGGGCGGCCAGCUGGGCGCCGCUGCUGCUGGCGGCGGUGCUGCUGGCGGCAGGCAGCGCGGCCAUGCUGAGCCUGCCGGAGCCCGCAGGCAAGCCGCUGCAGGAUAGCUUCUGCGAGGAGGACCUGGAGCGGGAGGGGCACCUGCAGGAGGAGCGCGCCAGGCUACUGGAGGCGGGCGGCAGCUGCAGCGGCGGCAGCAGCCUGCGGCAGGCGCUGCGCGGGGGC